AAUGGCUGGAUAAUACUUUUAAAAGUUAUAUGUCACAACAAAACAUUAAUAACAACACAUCAAAAAGUGCAUGUUCCAAGGAGUAAUAGUAUUGAGCAGAUAAUAAAUUUGUUUUUUUAUCAUCCAUCGGGUUAUGCGUCAGUUGCUCCCAGAACUCCUAUGGGUCAAGCAUUCUGUGUCUUCUAUGCUUUCUUGGGGAUCCCUCUAACUAUUAUAUUCCUGAAGUUUGUGAGUAAUGCAAUAUUAAAGCCAUUUUAUGGACUUAGUAGACACCUUCAGACCAUGGGAAUGAGAGAGAGAAAAAUUAAAAUCUACACACUCUUCUUUUUUUUUUUGGUAACUGGACUUGUCAUUUUCAGCCUGAUACCACCAUUAUUUUUCACGCAUACAGAGGGCUGGACUUACAAAGAAGGACGGUAUUUUGCAUUUAUCUCUUUAAGUACCAUUGGGUUUGGUGACUAUGUACUAGGUAUAUAUCCUUCUCAGAACUACUCAAAAAUUUACCCAGCAAUAAUAAUACUUUGGUGUACUUUUGGUCUUGCUUGGAUUACUCUUCUGUUUGAUUUAUUUUCGAGAAUAUUGGAGAAAUCUCAUAAAAAGCUCAUUUCUGAUAUGCUACAUCAAAUGGAAAGAAUGCCAUCUAUGAAAAGUUCAUAUUUCUAGCCAUUUUGGGAUUCACAGUCAAAAAGAACAU